GCGAGAGAGGUGCAUACGGCCUGAGUCAACUUGAAAGCAGGGAAAUAGGAAGGUAUUAGAGAGCUCUCUGAGGAACACAAAUAGCUUCAUUAUUUCCCACUGAAAUGAGAUUCAUUUUGACACCUGCUUUCUCUCAAUUACACUGUGAGAUCUUGACUGCUCUCCACGCCGAUUAAACCUCCAACAGGGAGAUACAACUUAGCAAUUCUCUGUCUCCAACUCACUUACAACAAUUUACUUCUUUCAUCACAACAGUCAUAUUGACAUCCACAUCUCCAACCCCAACUACUAGAUCAAUUCUGAAGAGAUAUCUCCUAUUGGACCAUUCUUAGAUCAUUUGAGACCCAGCAUACUCAACAGCAUCAUCACAAUGGAGUCAGAAGCCCAAGCCGUCAACGGGACCAGUCCCUCACCCAAACAAGUCUUUUUUUUUGACAUCGACAACUGCCUCUACCCCAAGAGUACCCCCUCCCCUCCCACCCCCUCAACCCAACUUGCUCAUUAACCCUGAACUCAGGCACCCGCGUCCACGACCUCAUGGCCAAGCUGAUUGACAAGUACUUCGCCACCCACCUCUCCCUCCCCUACGAAGAUGCCGUCCGGCUCCACAAGGAAUACUACCAAAACUACGGCCUCGCCAUCGAAGGCCUCGUCCGUCACCACCAAAUUGACCCCCUCGAGUACAACGCCAAAGUCGACGACGCCCUCCCCCUAGACGACAUCAUCAAGCCCCGCGAGGACCUCAAGAAGCUCCUCCGCGACAUUGACACCUCCAAAGUCAGGCUCUGGCUGUUCACAAACGCUUACGUCAACCACGCCAAGAGGGUGGUGAAACUGCUAGAGAUAGAGGACUUCUUCGAGGGGGUGACGUAUUGUGAUUAUGCGGCGCCGAGGCUGAUGUGCAAGCCUCAUGAGGAGGCGUAUGAGAAGGCGAUGAGGGAGGCGGGGGUUGAGAGGAGGGAGGAUUGUUAUUUUGUUGAUGACUCGUACCAAAACUGCAAAAAGGCCCAAGAAAUAGGCUGGAACGUCGCCCACCUUGUCGAAGAGGGCGCCAAGUCCCCCAGGACACAAGCGUGCAAGUUCCAAAUAAGCCACUUGGAUGAGCUGCGCACUUGCUUCCCAGAGGUCUUCAAGAAGCCGGAAACGUCCUAGGAAUAGUCGAUUUCAUUCAUGCGUAUUCAAACGUUACCAGACAUAGAACAGAAGGAGAAUAAAUAGAUACUCAUGUGGAUUCAUGC